AUGGUCCAGCUCUAUCAAAGCUUGAAUGAGACCGAUGUGGUGUAUGUGAAGGUGGAUGACGAUGUGGUCUACAUUGCUGAACACACCAUAGCAAACUUGGUUCGAGAGAAGCUGCGGCAGCGCUGCCUCCUCGUGUCAGCUAACGUUGUGAACCAUGCCAUAAUGUCGGCUUUACAUCAGGACAGGGGUGCUCAUCGUGGAUUCCGGCCAUCAGAGGAGCAGCGCAGAAAUCCGGUCUUGCGGUUGCCAUGGCCCAAAGUGGAGGAGAUCAACAUGUCCCCAGAUUUCCAAAUCGAGCGCUUUCCAGCUUCACGCUGUGUGGUGGAGCGCUGGGAUUGUGCUGCACUGGUCCACGAGAGUUUCUUGGAUCGUGCCAAGGAUAACACCCUGUGUGUGUUUGAUUUUGGCUGGCACGACUUCAACCGCUUGGGCUACAGGGAGCACAGGUACAUACACAGGUCGCCAAGCGUGAACAAGGAGUAUUGGACGCAGGGAGCAAGGUGGAGCACAAACUUCUUCGCCUUCAAAGCGGAAGACUUGGAUGGAGUGAAUUGGAGGAAUGUGCAUGGCAAGGGUGAUGAUGAGGAAGAGUUUACUGGGCCCCACGCCGAGAGACGCGAUCGACACUCAUGUGCCGUCGGCCAAGCGUUGGUGGUGCAUUUCUCUUAUGGUUCUCAGGAAGAGGGCCUCAUGGCCUACACAAACUUGCUGAAGCGCUAUGACAAGUUGUCACGCCGCAUUCCAAAGGUGUCCAAGGCACGCGCUUUGGAUGCUUCGCCCAGCAAGACCGAGAGAAAAGCUGUAAGACAAGUGUGCUUGCCGGUAUUUGCCAGCGAGGCAUCCGAGGCCACAACCCUGCGCCGCGCGCAUCUCAAGCAAGCGCUCGGACGGACACAACUGGUGCAGUCCGUGGUGCGCGUCCGGGCCUUCGAUGCCUUGCGGCCUUGGUCCCGGUCCCAUGGAUCCGGCUUCAUCUGGGUCACAAACUUCCACGUCAUCAACCGGGCAUCCUUUGUCUCCGUGCAUUUUGCUGAUGGCAUGCAAUGCCGAGCCCAAUUUAAGGCGGGCUGCGAGCCUUGUGACCUGGCCGUACUUCAAGUCUUGAUGGAGAGCACCUUGGCACGGAGUUUCCGGGGUCCUUUCAGGUUGAAGCUGGCGCGACAUGACCCUGAUCUUGGCGCAGCGGUGGCGGCCGUAGGUCAUCCGGAACACUGGGCCUGGCUGCUGGGCGCUGGCCAUGUCACUGGCGUUGGCCGCCGCAGCUCCCGUGCGGUGCAACGCCUUAACAAUCGCUCAGUUGAGGAGCUGUUGGGCAACCUUGAAGCAGUUGUUUUUGCCGACGAGGCCGGAGCAACUCUUUUUACUUGUGUUCCCGUUUGUGAAGAUGCGCGAAGAGCGGCGCAACUUAGCGAUGCUGGCGCCAUUCGUGGGUCUGGCGAUCGCCGUGGCCAUGCAGCGAUCCAGCGCCUACAAUCAAGCCCACUCAUCGAGUCACGACAGCAAGCUGCAGACAUGGCUGUGGCAGUGCGUUGGGCGUCCACUGAGAGCCGCAAGUUGGCCGAGCGCUGCGUCAAGACUUGGCUGACUGCGCUUGGGCAUGGUGCGCCUGCAAGCCCAGCGAAAGAUCACAAAGGGCUGGUGACAGCAUGUUUGCAUGAGCUGCUGCCUCAAGCCCUCAGUGCAGUCAAAGCUCAACUCCCUGUGCUCAAGGCAAGCUCGAAGACUGGCGCGAGCCUGCCUGCAACGCGAUCCAUCGCCAUUGUACGUAGCAUGCACUGGUUGAUGCAGCAAUGCGACUAUUUGGUUUUGAAAGACCGCUUGGGCAUGGCAUUGCCCCUGCUCCUCCAGGUUUUGGACCACUGCUGUGAUUCUGUGGUUCGACUCAUCAGCUGGGAUGCUCUGCAUUUGGUUCUCGACCGGGCUUUGGCCGCGGAAGUGCAAAACUUUCGGCCUCCUUUGCUGCAUAUCUUUGAGACUUGCUCCCCACUGAUGCUGGAUGAGGAGGCUACGUGCCUUGCUGUUGCGCCCUUCUGUGCCUCAAGUGUGCUUUUUCUGCUGAAAGCCUAUGGCCCUGACGUUGAUGUCUCAGACAGAAGCAAACAGCUGGAUAGUUUCCUUCGUUUCGGAAGCCUCCACUGCAAGUCGAACUCUCGGGCACUCGCGCUCUUUCUGGAAUUCGGACUACUGCCACUCCUGACGCGGGAAGCCUGGCUGGUGGCACCACGUCUUCGCGGAACAGUGGAGCUAUUCCUGCAGAGUUGUGAGGGAGGAAAUGCAUUGGAGGUCUUGCUAGCCUGGCGGGGUCUGCAGCUCCUCUUCUCUGGCGAGCUCAAAGCUCGUGCCAAAAGGUACUUUCAGGACAUCCUCCUGCGCAUGGCCUUCUGCUACUUGACGUUCGUUGCAUCCGAUCCGCCAGAGGGUUUUGAACCAUGCACACCAGGAUCACGGUCCGGCUUCAUGUCCCCCGUGACCGCAGCCAUGACGGCCGCCGAAUGGGCAGAGGUGGGCUGCUAA